AUGGACUCUAUCACUCGUCAACGGCCCCGGCCAGCAGUCCACAGCUUCUCCCUGCGCUAUCUGCUCGUGGUACCAAUUUUGCUGGCCAUCCUUACCGGCUACGUUCUUUUCGCGCACGGCGACACCAACACCUACAUGCUCUACUCCCAGUGUCACGCCCGGUCGCGUCUUCCUUGGCUCGCACAAAUCCCGCUUCUCGGGAGUCCUGCAUGCUUCCUCGUCAGUUUCUUCCAGGAAGCCGUCGCGUCGACGCGCGCGUUUAGCAUCAUGGCCGUCAUCCUCUCAUUCGUUGCCGGUUUGCUUACCAUCAGCACCGUCGAGGCGGCCCGGAUCUGCAACUCCCCCAACGCAUUGAUCGCGUAUCCGACCGGGCCUUGGCUUGUGUUCAAUCUCAUCGGCGGUGCCGUCGUCUGGCAGCUUGUCAUCAUCCCGGCCUUUUUCCACCGCAGUCGCCAGAUUAUUGCAGCACGGAAGAACGGGGUCCCGCAGCAGCUCUCCGGCCCGGCAGACCCAACGUUUGGGGAAGCCAUGCGGCAGCUAGCAAGAGCCGCCGAGGCCGUGGCUAUUCCCGUCGCCGUUGUGGCGGGUUAUGUCCUGCCCUCCGUCUUGAUGCUGGUCUUGAAACAUCCGGCCACGGUGCUGGUAUGGCUAUUCUUCCCAAUCUGGGUCUCGGUUAUACGUCAGGUUACUCGAAAGGGGGUGUUGCUCGUGCGGGACGCAUGGAGUAGCAGUUUGCAUCUGGAGUCGAACCGAAUCGCCACGGCGGUCAUAUAUACGGCACCCAUUUUGUUAUCCGUUGCGGCACAUGCACACUUUAUUUGGGCUCUGACCCAACCCGACGACCGAAAGGAGCUGACGCGCUCUACCCUGAAGUUUAUCACCAUUGACGCCUUUUUUAUUGGCCUCACGGUGCUUUAUUGGGUCCUGAUCGAAGCCGGUUGGCGUGUCGCUCUGGUCAUUCUCGCUAGCUCUCUUGUGUUUGGUCCCGGGGCGGGGGUUUGUCUGGGAUGGAUUUAUCGGGAACAAACCGUUGACCUAGAUCGGGGUGUCACGGUUGUGGCUGUGGGAUCACGUCGGGCGAGCGAAGACGCCGACCCAACAGAAGAAAGUCCCCUGUUGCGGUGA